UUUCAGAUCAAGAGGGAGUCGGCUACUUCCUAGAGUUACUUGUUUGGUUUCUUCUCAGAGCUGUGAUCCAGAUGUUGCGCUUCGCUGUGGACAUUGAGGUGUUUAGUGGUGUCGAUCCAAGUGGAAUGAAGCACUUUGGAGUUUCUUGAAGUUCCUCGACCCUGCCAGACUUCCUGUCGAGUGCUUUCACACCUCGAGGUCUUCAGCAUGGACACCAGAGGCUUCCCCGCAUACUCAUGGCUGGAUUUCGUGUUCAGUGUUCUUGGUGUGUGUACAUAUGUGUUUGACGUGGGCUCGGACCUGUGGCUGGCGCAGGAGUUUUUCCAGCAUGGGGAUUUCUUCUGGUUCGGCAUGAUCAUUGGCUUCAUGCUCGCUUCAUCCGUGAUAGUCCAGAUGUUCAGCUGGUUGUGGCUGAAUUAUGACCUGGAGCUCCGAAGCUUCCAAACAGCACACAAGCAUAUCAUCCUGUUCGGCAGCCGAAGACACCUGAGACUCACGUGUUUCCUGCAUGUGUGUCAACUCGGUUUCUUCUUCAGGCACAUAUCGGCAAUCUGGCAGGGCUUCUGCUUGUGGUGGCGAGGAAAACAGGGCUCCGAGUACGCCACCUACCUGACCCAUGACCUCAGCAUGCUGCGACUGAUUGAGACGUUCUGCGAGAGUACACCACAGCUCUCGCUUAUGAUCUACAUCAUAAUCCACACGAAUCACGCCAAAACCAUUCAGUAUGUGAGCGUGAUCGCUUCUAUCCUUUCAGUCGCAUGGAUGGUGGUGGACUACCAUCGCUCACUGCGUUUCUUCCUCCCUCAGAAGACCAAACAGACAUGGCUGUCCUCUCUCAUCUACUUCCUGUGGAACCUGUUCCUGAUUGGCCCACGCAUAGUGUGCGUGUCCCUCUUCACCUCUGUCCUGUCCUGUUACAUUUUUGCUCACUUCCUGUUACUCUGGCUUGUAUUUGUUGUCUGGGCCUCUCUGCAGAACACCAAAUUCAUGGAUAGCAAACCUGGAGAGUGGCUCUACCGGGCCACCGUAGGGCUCAUCUGGUACUUCAGCUGGUUUAAUGUGGUGGAAGGUCGGACCAGAGGCAGGAGCAUUAUCUACCAUUUUUUUAUUGUGAUAGACAGUGCAAUCCUAAUGGUCACAUGGUGGUUCUUCAGAGAUCCAGAAAGGAGCCAGUCCUAUUCCCUUAUUCUCCUCAUCGCCAUCCCGCUUUCCUAUCUGAUAGGUCUGUUAGUUAAAGUGCUUUAUUACUGCUGCUUUCACCCCACACUACAGCAGACCCAGGACUUGAAGAUGGGUUCAGAUGUGUUGGAUGGUGUGGUGGCUAACCGUAUGGUUAUUAAAAUGGACUCUUUGAAAUCAGAGGUCAUAAACAAGAGAAUGGCCAAACACGCUGGGAUCUUUUACAGUGCAGGCACACACUCGAAGGGACAAGAGUACCAUGGAGUUAUUUGAGAAUAAGUGAAUGAAUGUGUCAGUUUGCAUGAUUUUGGAGAAAAUGCAAAGAAUUAAGCUAGUAUUUGAGAGCUAUUUAGAUGAAAUGUCAGUGUCAGAUUUACCCCUUUUCCACCAACAUGGAAUGGGUUCUGUUCUGGUUCGCGCACCAAAUCUUGAACCGUUCACAGCAUUUCGACCAAAAAUAAAUUGGUUUGGAACCUGAAAAGUUGUUUCCCAUCUGGAACCAAAAUAUAGCUGGUUUUUCCAGUGUGAACCAUGACAUCAGUGGGCGUGUCAUUAGUUUGGAGAAGAAGCACUGGAGAACGCAACGGAAAAAGAGCCAUGUUCAGGAAAAAAAAUGGACCAAAAACAAAUAUCUGUGAUGACAAAGCAAAAGCUCAGAGGUAAUCAAUGUGCGCCGCCAUCUUGCGACUACUGUUUACUCCUGUUAUGAAUUGUGCAACGCUCUCCGUUAAUGACACGUCCUUGAUUGGUGAAAGUGGGCUGGGUCACUAGCUGGCACCAAGGUUCAAAGAAUCCUGAACGGAACUGGUUCAAGAACCCGUUCCCUGUUGGUUGAAAAAGGGUAUCUGAGGUUGGCCUGGAAACUAGUAGAUUAGUUCUUGUCUUGUACGGACACAUCCUGAUGAUAUAAAAACAAUCAUCUAGGCAUUUAUCAGGUUACGAUCAUAAAUUGGUUUCAAAUAUUCGAAAGGUUUACCGGUACGUUCUUAUCAGCUGUCAACGAGCAUAGAGUUUGAGAUUUUAACGUGACACAAACUUCGCUUAGAGACAAAAAAAUAAAAAACAUGGGGUUACUAAGCUGACACACAACAGCUCGCUGUUUAAAACAUUGUGUUUAAUGUCCAUACGACAAUAAGAUCACAUCCUGAAUUUCCCAGCGCUGUUAAAUUCUCUAAUCUGAUUGGUCAGAAUGUGUUGGUUAAUGCUCCAUUACAGGAGCUCUGACAGAUCAACAUGGCAGAUCACAGGGUUAAUACAAAGUGUCCCAAAAAAAAAAAUGUACUCACUCAGGAUCAUCUUCAUUUAGAGCGUGGAUUAAUGUUGGAGUGUAACAUUUCCAGUGAACUCGCUUCAAAAUGCGAUGGGCGCUUGAUUUUGGGAUUACUGUCUCAUGAGCCAUUUGUCGUACAGAUUUCUGUGGGGAUCGGUUCCAGCAAUUGAUUUUCCUUUGCGGGGCUGGUUGAUGACCGUGGUCUUCCUGAACGCUCCUUAUGGACGUCAUGCACAGUUCCAUCUGAUUCAAACUCAUCUCGGAUGCGAGCAAUGGUGCGUUGCAUUGGUGGAUCUUUGUGAAAAUGUCUUCUAAAUUGUCUUUGCACUUCCAUGAUGCUUUCGUGCUUCCGGUAGCACUUUAUGAUAUAUUUUCUUUCUUCAAAACUUCAAUCGUACUUCAGCCAUUAUUAGGGUUAAUUUGAUCUGAAAAGAAAUGAAAACUCCAAAGAGGAGUCAAAAUGUGAGGUUUUUUUGGGACACCCUGUAUAUUAAUGCACUCGCUAAAGCUUUAGCACCUUAAGUUCUGUAAGUAAGUAACGGUUUACAUAGAUUCAUGUAUGGUGGAUGUAAAAACGCCAUGUAAAGUAAUUAAACUAAUGGAUAAAUGAAUAAAUGUUGCUAUUUUAAAGAAAAAAAAUCGAAAUAAUAAAUACAUCGUUGAUCUGGUACAUCGUAGCAACGAUUAUUUUGGAAAGCAUCUCCAGUAUGAGCACUUUAUAACAGUCUGAGGUCAAUCUGGAAGUUGAAGAUGAUGAACCUUCUGGAUUCUCAGUAACAUGACAAGCUGCUUCCUGAGGGCUGGUAAUACUUCGCGAGCUCCGCUUUUAAGUAUUUCAAGAGGCACUUGUAUGCAUCGCAGCUACAUUAACUGUAGCUCUAAAUGGAUAAAAAAGUAUGACUCUGAAUAAAAAAAAUAUAUCAUUAACAACUUGUUGAAUGCGAGGAAUAAACGACUGUAGCUCACAGACUAUAGUCAUUAUUAAAUAUGAGUCAAAUUUAGUCCAGAAUAAAGCACUAAGGAAGUUUUAUGAAUGAAAUUAUUCGCGAAUGAUUAAUCUCUUCCUUGCUGUACUGGUUGAGGGUGUAAUGUAUGUACGUAUAGUGCUGUAUUGUUACAACUAAACCUUCAUUUCAAGACCCUUUUAACAAGACGGUGAGGAAAACAUUUCAGCCUGGAGUUCGUCUCUGGUAUUACGACGAAUGUUUAUAUUUAUUUUUUUAAUAUAAAAUGUUGGCGAAAUCUCAUUUUGAAUUGUGAAAUGUUAUCUUUUCGGCACAAUACCUCAUUCUGUUUUGCGCACCCUCCGAACCUUAUACAGCUUUAUAAAUACUGUACACACGACGCUAAGGAAGAUGCUCAGUGGGUUUUAUGUGAUGUAAUGGUUGUAAUACACAGUACAGUGCAAAAAAAACCCCCAAAAAACUUAGACACAUGUAAAGAAAUGCUGUAGACCAAAAGUGGCUUAAAAAUAAUGAAAUGUCUCAACAUUUAAAAAAAAAAAAAAUCCUAUAAGCAGUAAGCCAUAAUAAAUAAAUGAAACAAGGUUAAUAUUUGGUGUGAGACCGAUUCAUUGACUUUGCUUUUAAAAAAAAAAUAGUAGUCUGAGGUCCAGCGAGUGCAGUUUUAUGCAGAAAUGAGCUGUAGGUUUUACUGAACAUCUUCCAGAACCAGCCGCAGUUCUUCUGGACACUUUGACUGUCACACUCGCUUCUUCAUUUUGCACCAAAACCCAGCAGCCUUCGUUAUGUUUUCUUUUUUAACCUGAAAAGUGCUCUCUUAUGGAAUACGCUGCUCAGAUACAAACUUUUUUUUUUUCUGUAACAUUUCAUUUUCCAGCAGAAAAUGAAAUGAAUGUCUGGACUCUACAAUGUUUUUGUACUGACUCGAUAAUGUAGAAAUCAUAAAAUAGAAAUCGAUAAAGUUUGUAUGGGGGGAAAAAUAGGGGGACUAAGACUUUUGCACAGUACUGUGUAUGGAUAGUACAUGAAGGUUAAAGAAUGUAUCUGAAUGUCAGGAUUUUUUCUUUAGUACUUUGUUUAAUUUCUCUGUAAAUGCUAAUUGUUAUUCCACAAAAUCGAGUCGUACAUGAGCUGAUGCACGCGCCUCGUCAGCUAUAAUCCAUGUACAACAAGAUUGACUGGAAUAACUGUUUUAUUCUGUCCACAUUCACUGGAGGGGCGGCACGGUGGUGUAGUGGUUAGCGCUGUCGCCUCACAGCAAGAAGGUCCUGGGUUCGAGCCCCGUGGCUGGCGAGGGCCUUUCUGUGUGGAGUUUGCAUGUUCUCCCCGUGUCCGCGUGGGCUUCCUCCGGGUGCUCCGGUUUCCCCCACAGUCCAAAGGCAUGCAGGUUAGGUUAACUGGUGACUCUAAAUUGACCGUAGGUGUGAAUGUGAAUGGUUGUCUGUGUCUAUGUGUCAGCCCUGUGAUGACCUGGCAACUUGUCCAGGGUGUACCCCGCCUUUCGCCCGUAGUCAGCUGGGAUAGGCUCCAGCUUGCCUGCGACCCUGUAGAACAGGAUAAAGCGGCUACAGAUAAUGAGAUGAGAUGAGACAUUCACUGGAUUUUGAAAAACGGAGCAUUUUUAUUUUUUGCAAAUCUGAUAAAGACUUUAUACAAAACGUCCGACAAUCAUUUCCACUUAGAAUGUAAACAAACCAGCGAAAUCACAGGAGCAAUUUGUGAAAAAUGCUGAAAUAAUAAUUCUUGAAAAAUAAAGAUGCGUUCUUACCAUCAAAUACUUUCAUUCCAUAUUUACUUUUUUUUUUUAGGGUUUUUUUCAAGUAGAGUUUUUAUUUCAUCCUCAGUUGGUUCAGCAACACGCGCCGCCAUUUUUGUUUUUCUCUACUCACGGUAUAUGAGCUGAUAUCCUAGUAGUAGAGUAGCCAGUCAAAGUGCGCGACUGCUCAUAUCCAGUGAAUGUGGAUAGAAUAUUUAAAGCCAUACUCUCUGCUGGAGGAUGCUUGGUUGUUUGACUCGCCUAACAUGUUGCCAUUUAUUAUUGCGAGUUGUUAAUAAAUGCAUGCUGCUGAAGGUUUUAUAUUUUUAAAAUGUUGCUUGAUAUAUUGGAUGGUCUGAUGCAUGUUAAAGACUUCGUGUUAGUUAGUUUCACAUUAGCUUUUACAGUCAGUGAAAUGAAAUGACUGUGUAUUGAUAUGACAGGAAAUUGUUACAGUAUUUGCUAAUGUCAUUUAUUAGCAAUUGUAUUAUUGUUGAGAGAGAAAAAAGAUUUAAUUUCACAUUUUGAAUAUGAAUGCAAUGCAAAGCAUCUGUAAUAAUAGUAUAGGAAUUGGACAGAUUAUAAUAAUUUUUUUUUCGUGUUCUCGGUCUCAGGCUGCCUGUUUAAAUACCCCCAGAUGCAGGGGUUUGUUUGUUCGUUCACCCGAAUGACCUCAGGCAUUUCAAUCUGCCAUGGUUUAUUCCUAUGAAGCUGUUCUGUGAUUUAAGUCCAUUGUAGAAAAUGUUAUGUACAAAAUAAAGCAAAUGAAACUCGA